GGGACGGCACACAGAAGUGGAGGAAGGAAGUGACGGGGAUGAGUUUGGAAUUAAUCAAGGACAUGCUCGUUUUUUCCCUCCAGCAUAACCAGCAGUUGAUUUCAGCCCCGGUGUUUUUUUGUGGAGUUAUUUUAGUUUGGCGUUAAUGCGCAGGGGGGGAAGACAAAGUCUGUAACGCCGGGAAGUGGAAGUUUAGCAAAGGGACAGCGAAGGCAGCGCAGCCGUCAGUCUUCCGGCUGAAGGACACACACACAAACACACACACUGACACUGACACAAACACAGACACUCAGACACACAACAUGACCGCCUCUGCUAUCGUCCGAAGACUGGCGGCCGUGUCGGGGGCCUCGGCGGUGGCAGCCGGGGCUUACGGGGCUCACGGUUUCAAACAUGCUGAUCCUGAUGAUUACCAGAGAGUGCUCUUUGAAACAGCCAACAAGUACCAUUUCUACCACAGCCUGGCCCUGUUGGGUGCUGCCCACUGUGGUAAACCUGCUGUGGCUGGUACCCUCCUUAUAGCCGGCAUGGGGAUGUUCUGUGGCUCCCUGUACCACCAGGCUAUGACGGGGGACCCUGGUCUGCGCAAGGUGGCUCCCAUGGGGGGCAUGGCUAUGAUCGCCGGCUGGCUGGCAAUAAUUCUCUGAAGUGAAACGGCUCACAUCACGUCCCGUCACCUCCACGCGGCCUGUCAACUGUCAAACUACUAAAGAAAGAACUGAUGAGCCUGUGAAAGUUGUCUGAGGAGUCGUGCUGAAGUGCCGAGAUAUAAUGUCAUCCUUCGAACCGCUCCCUGCGUCGGGUUAUGGGUGUCAGCAGGUGAUAAGGUCACAACAGGAUUAUCACUUUUAAGCCACUGCUGUCUGUUUCUGACCGCUGCCCCUUGACUGUUGAGUUAAACUGGUUAAGCUAAUGAGCGCAUUUUGUCACAACAUCAAUAUAUUGAUGGGACUGUGAAAGAUACAGUAUUUCUUUGUUUUUACAACAUUUCCCCACUGCAGUAAAUCCAGUUUUUCUUUAUGUUUAUAAUGCAUGUUGUGGCAAAUGCAGUAACAAUGAAGAAAGGAAUGUAAGGGAUUUAAAAUAGAAUAAAAUAAAAAGUCUUUCCUAUA